UAAGAAAGAGAGAAGGAGAGAGUUUGUUCUGCAGAACCAGAACCAGAACCAAGACCAGAACCAGAUCUAGAGGAGCCGCUUCAGCUUUCAGCUUCAGGGAAAAUAACAAGCGAGGGAUGUUUGUGCUGAGUUGAAGGACCUGGGAAAGAAAACGGAAGAAAGAACUCUGAAAAGCAGAGCGUUGCCGACCGGUGCCUCUACAUCUCGGAGCGUGUUGAGGACCCGCUGAGCCUGCAGGGAGACCAGAACCAAGAGCUGAAUUACCUGCCACCACCAGGUCACCACCAGGCCACCACCAGGCCACCACCUCCUCCUCUUCCACCACAACAACAUCAUCAUCAUCAUCAGCCCCGUCGUCCUACUCACCCUCGCCGAGCCCCACCCGGGCCUCCUGGCGGGCCCGCCGCAGCAUCGCAGCGUGGGCAGCUCCUCCCACUGACGCCCAGGAGAGAGCGCGGUGAGAGCAGCCAUACAGCUCUGAUGGUCAAUGACUGAAAAUGACGCUGGCUGAACAGAUGUUAGUUCAAUAACUCCGACGACAGCUGUGCACAUUUAGACUUUAUUCAAACUUCAGCUCGACGUCAGCAACAGCAGCAACAGCAGCAACAGCAGCCAGAACAUCACUAAAACCCAAAAUGUUUCGGAAAAAAGCAUCUUCCUCCUUGAGAAUGAGAAGAAAAACAGAAAGCGCUAAAUGGAGUAUCGACCGUGGGCGGAGCUUGUCCUUCCAUGAGGUGCAUGGCCAGCGGGAGGCAGAGAUGAGGGCCGCGGCCGAGGAGUCGUCCAACAGCAACAACAGCGUCGGAGGUGGAGGCAGCACCGUCCUGCAGCGCCUCCUACAGGAGCAGAUGAACCGGAACUACGUGCUGCAACAGCAGCAACAACAACAACAACAACAACAACAACCAGGAGGUGGAGGAGUUUACCCGGGACAGGGACAGGUGGGCCCCUCUGAUGAUCACUCUAUGACCCCCCACAUUGCCCGUCAGGAGCCCCAGGGACAAGAGCUGCAGACGGACAACGGCCUGGAGAAGCUGGGCUCUGCCAGGGUAGGAGGGGGCGGGAGCAGUGGAGGGGGAGGAUGUUUAGGGCCUGGAAGUGGGGGAGCAGGAGGAGGCAGCAUCGGAGGUGGUGGGCAGUGCCCGAACCCCGAGGACCUCCCUACGUACGAAGAAGCCAAAGUGCAGUCACAGUACUUCCGUGGCCACGGUCCUCCUCCUCCUCAGCAGCAGAACAAUCAGCCUCCUCACCCCGCCUCGGUGGGCACCGCCUUCUACGUCACCGGAAUGAACAGCGCCAAGGUGCGCACCGAGGGUCGCCCCACGGUGCAGCGGGUGAGCGGCACGGGGAGGGUGCACCAGGACGACGGGCUGAAGGAUCUGAAGCAAGGACACGUUCGGUCUCUCAGCGAGCGGCUCAUGCAGCUCUCGCUGGCCACCAGCGGCGUGAAGGCCCACGCUCCCGUCACCAGCAUCCCGCUCUCUCCCCAGCUGCCCCCGCCGGGGCCACCGGGCGACUACUACAAGCCGCAGCACCGCGGCCCGCCUCCGGACUACCCCUUCAAAGGAAUGGGCUCUCCCACCAAGCAGCAGGAUCCUGGAGGCCAUUUUUACCAGGAGCAGAGAGGGAGGGAGCACUCGAGGGAGGUGCUCCAAGUCCGAUACCAGCCCCCACCUGAGUAUGGCUCAUUCAGGUCCAGUAAGGAUGGUUCCGUUCACAUCCAGAGACCCCUCCAUCAGCACAGUCCCACCUCCUCCGUCACCUCUGUGGGCUCCUUGUCCCGCACGCAGUCCUCCACCCUGAGCAGCAUGCUCAGUGCCUCCCACUCCUCCCAUCCCUCCUUCCCUCACCAGCACCCCCAGAUCCAGGGAGAGCCCUUCCUCAGCUGGCCCCGCAGUCAGCAGGGUCCCGGCGGCUCCCACCAAGCAGGCGAGCACUUCGCCCUGGGGCCCGUUCACCCGCCGCAACAGAGAAGUCACGGUUUCCCUCAAGACCCCUACGGCUCCACCCCGAGGAUGCACCCUCAUCAGCACCAUCAGUAUCAACAGCAUCAACAGCAGCAGCAACAGCAGCAGCAGCAGCAACAGCAGCAGUUCCAAGGACCUCCACCUCCCCAGCCCCAGCCCCAGCCCCAGCCGCCGGUCCAGGCUGGACACUUCCCCCACCCGCACUCCUUCUCCCACCUGCAGGGGGAGCCUUUCGCUAUGAUGGUGCGCGCCCAGCAGAUGGCGGAUAUGCUGACGGAGGACAACAGGAUGCUGAGGCAGGAGAUGGAGGCCUGCCGGGAGAAAGUCACCAAGUUGCAUAAGUUGGAAACAGAGAUCCAGCUGGUGUCGGAGGCUUAUGAAAACCUGGCCAAGUCCUCCUCCAAGAGGGAGGCCCUGGAGAAAACCAUGAGGAACAAGCUGGAGCUGGAGGUGCGCCGGCUGCACGACUUCAACAGGGACCUCCGAGAGCGCAUGGAGACGGCCAAUAAACAGCUCGCUGUUAAAGAGUGUGAGGGGUCGGAGGACAACCGCAAAACCAUCUCCCAGCUGCUCACACAGAGCAAAGAGACGGUCCGUGAGAAGGAGAAGCUGGAGAUGGAGCUGAACGCGGUGCGCUUCACCACCGAGGACCAGAGGAGACACAUCGAGAUCAGAGACCAGGCGCUCAACAACGCCCAGGCCAAAGUGGUGAAGCUGGAGGAGGAGCUGAAGAAGAAGCAGGUGUACGUGGAGAAAGUGGAGAGGAUGCAGCAGGCUCUGGCUCAGCUGCAGGCGGCCUGUGAGAAGAGAGAACAGCUGGAGCAUCGACUCCGUACGAGACUGGAGAGAGAGCUGGAGUCGCUGCGCAUGCAGCAGCGCCAGGGAGGCGCUCAGAGCAGCGGUGCGGUCCCGUCGGAGUACAACGCCACGGCGCUGAUGGAGCACCUGAGGGAGAAGGAGGAGCGGAUCCUGGCUCUGGAGGCCGACAUGACCAAGUGGGAGCAGAAGUACCUGGAGGAGAGCGUGAUGAGGCAGUUUGCCCUGGACGCAGCCGCCUCCGUUGCCUUUCAGAGGGAUACGUCUACAUUGAUGAUCAGCCAUUCUCCCAGCAGCAGCUAUGACACGUCUGUGGAGGCUCGAAUCCAGAAAGAAGAAGAGGAGAUUCUCAUGGCCAAUCGGCGCUGUCUGGACAUGGAAAGCAGGAUAAAGAAUCUCCACGCCCAGAUCAUAGAGAAAGACGCUAUGAUCAAGGUGCUCCACCAGCGCUCCAGGAAGGAGCCCAUCAAGUCCGACGCGCAGUCCGCCAUGAGGCCCUCCAAGUCCCUGAUGUCCAUUUCCAACACCGGCUCCGGUGGUUCGGGUCUGCUCUCUCACAGCCUGGGCCUCAGCAGCUCGCCCAUCACCGAAGAACGCAAGGACACCAGCUGGAAGGGCAGCUUGGGGCUUCUGCUGGGUUCCGAGUUUCGUACGGAGUCUCUCAGGACGGAGUCCAUCUCGUCGUCGCCCUCGCCAGUGCUUCCUUCCACCCCGAUGACCGCGGGCCACUCGAAGACGGGCAGCAGGGACAGCUGCACGCAGACCGAGAAGGGACAGAGUCAGGACACCAGCAAGCCCAGCACCCCUGCCCUGCAGAGCAUGACGCUGCCCGCUCGCCUGUCCAGCCCCAGUCCGGUCUACAUCCCGGACCGCUUAGCAGAUGUGCCGGGGUUCCACAGCAGCACCCUCGAGCGGAGGCUCCCCGUCCAGUCCCACUCACAGCAACAGGCCCCGCCCACCCAACCGGAAGGGGACAACGACAUGGUGGAGAUCCUCAUCUGACCCCGUGACCUCUGGAAAAAAAACAUCAUCCGAACGAGUGAUCGGAGGGUCCGUCAGACAGACACAGCGGCUCUUCCUCCGAACCUGCACCAGGAAGGUUUGGAGGAUGUUUGAUUGACCACCAAGAGACCUUUUCUUACUCUCGUUUACAUUCAAACACUACCAGCCUGGCGUUUCCAUCAAUCCCUCACUGAAUCGCUGUUUAUCAUCAUUUUAGGAAAACCCAGUAAUCGGAAGCAAAAAGCAGAAGUGCUCAUCCCCCCCUCCCCUUCCUGUCUCAUCUCAGCUUUUGCAGUUUUCCUAUAAUGCAUGUGUUGAUAUGAAGCGGUGACUGGAACUUAAAAAAGCUCAUUGCCUCAUAUUUAUGUCUCUGAUGCAACAGAAGCCUUCAGUCACAGUGAUGGAUUCAACUGUUUGAGGUUGAAUGGAAGUUAAUCAUUCAAAAGGUUAGACAAAAUCUUUCUUUAAUUCUUAAAUAAUUAUGGCCCGAGCAGCGACGACGUCGGGCAGCAAGGACUCUGUUGAACUGUAGGAACUCUUCUUUUUCUUUUUCUUACCUCAAAUGAAUCACAUUUGUUGAGGACCUUAACAUGCUCAAAAAGUUGUUAAACUUUGCACACUUAUCAGACGCGGUGAACAAUGUUAUUAUUUUAAUGGUC